GUCGUCUGUUUUGGUGGCUAUCCGAAAGCAUUUUGCAGGUAAAAACAUUGAUAGUUAUUCUUAAUAUAUCAAUUGCUACGACGACCUACAAGAUACAUAGACAUAGCGCAGUACUGAGGUACGAUCUAUAACUUGAAUCAAUCUGAAUUCACGAGAAUUAAAGUCUAAACAAAGCAGCGAGCAAUACACCCUUGAAUUUAAGUGUUCUUGGAAUGGCGAAUUCGAAACCAUUUUCUGGGUAAAAAGUGCAAUAAUAUUGACACUAAUUCUGAAGUAUUCGUUUCUAGGAAGUAUACUAAAUUCGUGAAGGGAACACUAUACAGUAACACGAACUUCAAUUUGCUACAAAGUGUGCACUGGUCUAGAAAGAUUCACUUCGUUUAUUAUUCAAUUAACGCGCUCGAUUGUCCUCGAAUUGGUAGCUUUGAAACGACAUUCCAGGUAAAAAUGUACACCAUAUUUCCAAAGCAUCAUAUAUUAAGAAAAACUAAAUACAUGUAUAUGGCGAUUUAAUAUUUAUAGCAUUUUAUGUCAAAGCAGGAAAUACUUAUCUGCUUGCUAUAUACAGUAUCGACUGUACCAUUACCAGGUAAAAAUAUUGGUACUAAUUCCAUAAUAUCAUUUUCUAGGAAGCACUGUAUUACAUAUAGCGAACAAUUUAUAACAGUUCUGCAAAUUUGAAUUGGCGACAAAGAGUAUUCGCUCGAAUGUCCUUGACUAAUUAGUUUGAAACCAGUCUUUGUCUGCUGUCGAGCCAAAAACGUUCACACUGAUUUCAAAGUAUCUUUUCCGGGAAUUAAGAGCUAAAAUAUCGAUAUAGCACAGUUCUAUUCUGCGUAUCUGAAUUUCCUACAAACUGUCUGCAGUCUUUAAAGAAACAGUACGAUGGCAAAAGCAGCACCAUUUGCACUAAGAUUUGUGAACGAUUGCAGUUCGCUCCGACAGAGUACAGACGACACAGAGCCAUUGGCUUUGGCAACAGAUAAAGAGCGUCACAGAAGCAGUGAUGUUGAAUCGAAUAAAAAUGCUUCGAAACCUCGCAAGAAUCGACAAAGCAAGUCUGAUAGUACAACCCCAAGCACUAGCGAGGCUAAAAGUACUUCGUCUUCGAGAAAGCGACGGCUGAAACCUCGCGCAGCUCGCAUUGAAAUACCAGUCAACAGGAAAUAUGGUAGCUGUGAAGAGGAAGAACCUUUACUUCCAAAGGAUGAAGGAAACAGCAAUUUAGAUGAAGUGAUAGUCAACAUUCCGAUAAAACAGGACGGAUCUGCAAAUUCGAAGUCUAAAGCAAGCAGCACACAACGAUUUUGUAGUGUUUUCAUCGUAUUCUUGCUGCCAUUGAUUGCCGGGCUAACUUUGAUUAUAUCUGUUCACAUAAAGUCAGACGGCGCAGCUCGUGAUAUCAAUCCAGCAGUUUUCCAUUACUAUAUAAUUGGACUUAUCGCUGUUUUUAUUCUGUGGACCUUGUGGCUGGUUUUUAAACACCUUAGAAACAGCAAUCACAGAACGAGGAAUAAAGCCUUUGAACCCCUUAUGCCAAGUCACUUGUUGAACGGUCUUGUGCUUUUCGGGGUGUGUAAUACAGCAUUUCAAGUUAUCGUGGUGCUCGACUGGACCAAAUGUUCUCGGAGUGUAUCUGGAUUGGAUAAAAGCUACCUUGCUACGGCUAUUUUCGAGACGUUAUUCGUAUAUAUCCAGAUUUAUGUCUUUUAUACGCUUUCCCGGCGAAGAGAACAAAAACUUUGGUUCGGUAAUUAUUUCACGAUGUUCACGCUCGCCAUAAACCUGACCCUUUGGGCUGGGUACUUUUGUGCAGGAGCAGUGAAGCACCCUGAUAUGAAAAACGUCACAUGGCUAAGACGCUAUUAUUACGGCAAGAAUGAAGACUUGUGCGCCAGCAGUUUAAACAACACUGGGAAUUCUUCUGAAUCACGAAAGCUACACGAGUUUGUGAAAGGAAUGGUACCGUAUCAAUACACGUUUGCCAUGGAAUAUUCGCUGCUUGCCUCGGCAUUAUUGCUACAUGUGUGGCUGGAAAUUGAAACACCGUCAGCCGGUGAGUUCGGAGCUGCAAACAAAAAAUGGGACGUUUGGCGGUUUGGAUUCAUCGCUGGUCUGCUGAGCCUACCUUUGAUGGGAUGUGUUGGUGUGUAUUCAACCGUCGAGUACAGUCAUACAAAUGCUGCAUUUUUGUACAGCGUUCAAGCAGUGCUAUUGUUUAUUAUCUUUGUAUGCAGUGUCGGAGGACUAUGGCUAUUUAGGAAGCAUUAUAAACGAGUUACGGACACAAAACCUUUACAAGUCGAUCUAAUUCUGUUGUGUUCUUCAGCCCUCGGAUUCCUUAUCCUCGACCUGUUCACUAUUUUCGCUAGCGUUGCUGAAACGCUGAAAUCCUAUCGGGGUGAAAUGUUUAUGUUGGGUUUGACUUCGCUUGGAGAACUAGUGACAAUCAGCUGCCUAACUGCAUUUGUUUUUGCCUCGUACUUUUACCAAAUGCCUUUGCUUUUGUCCAAAAAUGGAGAUAAAGCAGUCAAAGCCAUUCGCCAGAUUGCAUCGUUCUGCAUAACAGUGAGUGUUGGCUUUUGGGUAAUUCGUACAUAUACCUUUCGAAGUAAAUAUUACUUUGAUUACGUCGGUCGGACGUAUUUUGGCUCAAUGGCUUGGUUUGCGAUUACGCUGUUCUCCACACCGAUGUGUAUAUUCUACCAUUUCCAUUGUGCGGUGUGUCUGUCUGGAAUGAUUGCUGAUUCUACUGGAGUACAGCAGGCUGCAGCUCGUGGACGAACUAUGACAUAGGAUUUAUAAGUUUAUAUAUAUUGUAGUAUCAGGGAUGGAUUUACUUGGGGGGGGGGGGUGCACCCCCCUAGCCCUGGUCAGAGGGGGUGCGGGGGGUGCUAUUUUUCAUGAUAAAGCAAAAAAUUAUUAGCGGCAAAAUGAGAUGCAGUAAUUUAAGUAAUAACAUGAUGAUAAGCGAACUGUGAACAACAAUUACAAUCCAAAUACAGUAGUCAAGCAAGACUUUGCAGUAGUGAAGCAAGUUGAUGGGUGGGCGGCACACAUGACCGACACCAGAGCUGGCAGAGCACCCCCCCCCCCCCCCCCCCUACCAGAUCAUGCUGGAUCCAUCCCUGUGUAGUAUAUACUGUAUGUUUUAUACGUACUGUUUAAAACACAAGCAGGAGUGCUUUAUUAGAUAUAAAACACGAGAGCGCAGCUCGAGUAUUCUAUAUCUGAUAAAACACGAACUGCGAGGGUUUUAAAUGGCUUAAAAAACGACCUAUCUGAUGAGUUCAUUGGCGAAAUAAUUUUAAAAAUCAACAUUGUCUAAACCGAGAAAAUCAAAGCUAAAGUUUAUGUAAAUGAACAUGAUUUUUUAUCACAUAUAAAACCACCGGCCUGGAAAUGAUUUCCUUUGACUUUGUAUUUUCUUCAUGAAUUAUUGAGUUUCUUAACAAGUUUUAUCAAGAGUUGUAUGGAAGCGUUACAGCACGGCAAAUGAUGGUCAACUUAGUCAGAAAUGUGUUGACACUUUUCGAAGCACCAAGAUUAAACUAUAUGUAUCUCAAUUCUAUCUAUUUGCCACGAAAUACAAGAGACAGAGAAGAGUACUAUAUUAAUAUAUAACGAAAAUAAUUUACAUUUAUUUUCUCACUCUGAUAACUGCAGGUUGAUCACCAUCUGCUGCACGAUAUAUAGUGCUUAGUCUUAAACCAGCUACAUUGUACAGUAUAAAGUAUAGAGUAUUGUUCGGAUUACUGUUCAGUUUUCUUAUGAAGUUAUAAUACUUUAAGUCUUUAUAAACACUUCUUUGUAUCAUAGAUAUAGAUUAUGCAUGUUAAUGAAUGUGAAUGAGUUUUUUAUGCAGAAUGUAGAUAAUUAUUUAAAUAUUGGACUUAUUCGUAGUUUCAUAUUGAUUGAAUUAUAUUUGUUUGCUGCAG